GGCAUCGGACCCCCAGGCGGGGCGACAGGCAUCGGACCCCCAGGCGGGGCGACAGGCCUCGGACCCCCAGGCGGAGUGGCGGGCGCCGGACCCCCAGGCGGAGCGACAGGCGGGGCGACAGGCAUCGGGCCCCCCAGGUAUGACAGCGGGCACUGGGUCACCAGGCAUCAGGUCAUUUGGCUUGCCAGCGGGCACCGCGUCAUCUGGCAAGGCAGUGGGCACCGGGUCACCAGGUACCGGAUCAUCUGGAUCAACAGCGGGCAUCGAGUCAACUGGCCUAAUAGGAUCGUCGGGCUGGAUCAGUUCAUCAUGCUGAGUAGCGGCAUCAGGCUGAAUGCAGGCAUCAGGCUGAGGAGAGGCUUCAGG